CUGCAACUCAGUCUGACUUUAAAUCAAAAGAUAGAAUGUUUUUUAUAUUAGAACAAAAAUAAUUUUUCAGUUAAAAUAUGAGAAGUCUGAUUUGCUGAACCUGUUUUCUUUGGGGAAGCACUAGUUUUGCUAGCACUUUUGUCAAGAAAAGCUGCUGGGAAAACAAUCAGGACUUCUGGUCAAAAUCAGAGAAAUUAAUCUGCUUUAAGAAGUAGGAUACUCAAUUUGACUUGGUAAUCUGAGUCACAGCAUCGAUUUGAGCAUCUCUAGAUGAUAGCAUCAUCUGCUAACCUAGGGGAGAUUAUGGCAUCUUAACUUCUCAGUUGCAGCACUCAAUACGUUGGAUUCAUGUGUGUAUUUAAAAACUUUAGGUUCUCAGGACACCUUUAUAUGCUCAUAGCUACAGAAACAAAUUUUGUUCUGGAUUAUUAAAGUGCAGAAAGCUUUGCUUAUUGGGAACAGAGUUAAUGCACACCAGAUGUUGCAUCUGACUGGAACACAGUGACCUGACCUUUUUUAGGCAGUUCCUUGAAACAUCCUGUUAAGUAGUUUACUCAUUAAAUAACAAAAAAUCCAUAGGAGUGAGAGGUUGUUACUUGCUGUUACUUGUUUGCAACUUUUGUAUGCUGUAUUUCCUUAAACACAAUUCGGCCUUGAAGUGUGUGCUUGGGCUACAUUUUGCUUUUCAACUGCUACACACUGAGUAAGGUGCAACCUCCCAGAGGUUCCCUACUGCUGGACCCAAGCAUGCUCAUAGUCCCCUGCGAGCAAGCAACGUGAGAGGUGUGACAGGACAGAGCUUUGUUCCCCUGUACCCCCUGCCUUGUUGGAGCAGGGAAUCUGCUGUGCUGGAAGGUUCGAAGACAGGUCACAGCAGACACCAAGGCCAGGCUAUUGUGUGGGAUUUAUUGCAACCUAGAAAGUUGAUGCGUUUGUAGUUUGAGGGGAACAGAAGACAGACCUGCUUUUGAAGAACACAAUGGACGGUGGAAACACUAGAUCACGAGCUAUUGUACUUCUGUUUCAUCUUGACUUCUUUCUUUUCAAGGGAAAUUAAGUCCCAUUUCUGUUACAGUAAAUCUUGACUUUUGAACUCACAAGCUUCUUGACCUUUUUGAGGUCCGUACAAAAAAAAGUUGGAGGCAGUCCACCCUCCCAGAACCCUGGCUGACUCAAGGUCACACUGCAGCCGAACAGGACAACCUGUGAUGUGAUUUGAUGGCAGAGGUUAGCAGUAUGGGCCGGCUUGAUGGGAAAAUCAUACUACUGUCUGCAGCAGCACAGGGGAUCGGGCGAGCAGCUGCUAUAGCUUUUGCUAAAGAAGGAGCCGAAGUCAUUGCUACAGACAUCAAUGAGUCUAAGCUGAAAGAACUGGAGAAAUAUCCAGGCAUUCAAAUAAGAGUUCUGGAUGUUACCAAAAAGGAGCAGAUAGAAAAUCUGGCCAAGGAGAUUGAAAAGAUUGAUGUUCUCUGUAACAUUGCAGGGUUUGUUCAUCAUGGAACCAUUCUGGAGUGUGAGGAGCAAGACUGGAACUUCACUAUGAACCUCAAUGUUCGCAGCAUGUACCUCAUGAUCAAGACAUUCCUUCCUAAGAUGCUUAAACAGAAAUCUGGAAAUAUUAUAAAUAUGUCUUCUGUGGCAUCCAGCAUUAAAGGAGUUGUGAACAGAUGUGUAUAUAGUACUUCAAAGGCAGCAGUUAUUGGUCUAACGAAGUCUGUGGCUGCUGAUUUCAUUGAACAAGGCAUCAGAUGCAACUGCAUAUGUCCUGGGACUGUUGACACACCAUCUUUACAGGAAAGAAUCCAAGCCCGCCCUAACCCAGAACAGGCACUGAAAGACUUUCUAGCCAGACAGAAGACUGGCAGGAUGGCUACUGCUGAAGAAGUGGCCCAUCUCUUUGUGUACUUGGCCUCUGAUGAAUCUGCCUAUGUAACUGGAAAUGAACUAAUCAUUGAUGGAGGAUGGCGCUUGUGAUUAACCCUACCUGCAAACAGAAAUCCCUACUAUCGAAGGCAAAAAGUGAGGAUCAUGUUUCUCAAUUAAGAUAGCUUGCAAAGAUUUAGAUCAUGCACAUGUCUUUCAAAACAAAUUUUUGGUGCAUUUUUACUGCUAUAUGAUCUCUGUAUAAAUUGAUCUUACGGAUUCACUUUUCCCUAAAUACUGCAACACAGGAGUAAAACAUACUUAAUAUGUCUUCAAUUUAUGGUAUCUCCAAAAACAUGAAAGAGUAGCAAUUCAACAUUUAAGAUUUCAGAGAGCAAAGAAUAUUAUUUAAAGGACAAAAUCUGAGUUGUGUGUUAAGCAAAUCUGAGUGAAAGGAUUUAAAUGCUACAUUUAUUCUCAUCCUGCAAAUUACGUGGGAGGUAAAUAUUCACAAUUCCUGCUAGUACUGACAGACUCUCCAGAGAAAACGAAGAGACUACCAUUAAAUCACCUGAACUGUGUGGUUUAAACAAGAGAAAAGACAGAAAUAAUAGCACAUGUGAAGGUUGGAACAUUUGAAUAAUUUUGCUAUUGGUGACAGACAUUUCUAUAUUGGAGACCAUGCUAGUUACAAAUUGUACUUUGAAAGCACAUUGUUAUGCAAAUAACAAAGUUAGUUCUCUCUGCUCUGUACUAUCAUCAGCAAAAUGAUGGAACAUGUCUACUUAAAAUCAGGCUUCUUACAGUUGUAAAGUAAGUGAGUGUAACUUUGGCAAAUAAGACAGUACUGUGGAUGUUGGCUUCCUCAGGCUCAUUAUGCGUUUAACUUUUACCUUUAAUCAUGGUUGGAACAUUCUGUGCUUGUGUAGUUUGUUUAUAAGGGUCUUGAGUAUCUAGUAUUUCAACAAAGUGACCUUGGCAGCCAAGCAGGAUCAAGUUGAGGCAGAAAUUCAAAGUUAUCAAAAGUGGCUCCACCAAUAUUCACUGAUGUAGAUCUGUAUGUUUAAAGUUCAGGCUGGCAGGAUACUGUUUCAAUGGUUUCAGAGUUUAAUAUGAAGGCCACAGUCCUGCCUCUCAAGUAGGAAGGCUUUACCUUGAAAAGAGAAUCUCUCUUGAUUCAGUGGUGACACUGGAGACUUGCAGUGUGUAUUCUGCAAAUAAAGAAUCGGAGAGAAAAAUUCAUUACA